AGGAAAUAACACGAAGAAGAAAAAUAAAAAUAAACCACCGUUCUGCCUUUAAAAAAUGACGAUAAAACUUGAUAAAAUAACUUUCGUUUUUUGGAUUUAAUUCUGUUUCCUGAGCAGCAAAUAAUUAUCCAGUUUAUAAUACUAAACAGGACGCUGACCUGAUGUCCAACUUUGUCCUGGUCCCGGUGGACGGAGGGGAUCCGGUUCAGGUUCCGUCCGGAGAGACGGUACUGGGCCGAGGAGCCCUGCUGGGGGUCAGUGAUAAACGAGUGUCCAGACACCACGGGUUGCUGGAGAACCUGAACGGACAGCUCCACCUCAAACCUACCCACGUGAACCCGUGCUUCAUGCAGUCGUCCCUGAAUGACGCCCCUCAUUCUCUGGACAAAGACCGCUGGUUCCCCCUCCAUCAUGGAGACCUGUUCUCCCUGCUGCCGGGUCAGUACCUCUACAGGGUGGAAGCAGCCGGCGCAGAAGAUGUCACUCCGAGGAACAGUCAGAUGUUUGGAGUUGAAGAACCUCAGAAACAUGCUGAGGCUCCGCCUCCUGUUGGACAGGACCAGGGACAGACUCCGCCCCCUGACCUUCCCAAGGAGUCCACUGUGGAAGAGGAAGCCCAGAGUCCCAACAGAACAGGGGAUCAGGUUUGUUUACUCACAGCAGAACUUUCACAAAGAGAAAACCAGCGCCGUUUGUAACAACGUGAGGAGCUGAAACACAGACAGCCACCUGUGCUGCUGCUU